AUGGCAACAGAGACGGUAACCCAGACCAAGGUGAAGUUGAGUAAGAGGGAGAAAUUGGCACCUGAGAAUGUUCGCUACAUGGCCGCUUGUACCGACAUUGCAAAUGCUUUGAUUCAGGAGUAUGAGUCUAGUCUGGAUUCUUCCAAGCCGAAGAAGGAUAUCAAUCUGAACCGACUCCGAGGCGAUGUUUCAAAGAAGCACAGACUUAGCAACCAGCCUCCACUUACAGCAAUUCUCUCCGCCGUUCCCGAAAACUACAAGAAGCAUUUGAUGGCAAAAUUAAUGGCAAAGCCAGUAAGAUCGGCAAGUGGAAUUGCUGUCGUUGCUUGUAUGAGCAAGCCACAUCGUUGUCCCCACAUCGCCUUCACAGGAAAUGCAUGUGUCUAUUGUCCAGGAGGUCCAGACUCAGACUUUGAGUAUUCGACUCAAUCAUACACUGGAUAUGAACCCACAUCAAUGCGCGCGAUCCGUGCCCGUUACGAUCCAUUCGAACAAGCUCGAGGACGGAUAGACCAAAUUCGUUCUCUGGGCCACAGUGUUGACAAAGUCGAAUUCAUUCUCAUGGGUGGAACCUUUAUGUCACUUCCGAGCAGUUAUCGAGAAGAUUUUGUUGCUCAGUUACACAAUGCUUGUUCAGGCUAUCAAACAAGCAAUGUUGAUGAAGCAGUCAUGGCAGGCGAGAUGGCCAGUAUCAAAUGCGUUGGCCUUACUAUCGAGACAAGGCCCGACCAUUGUCAAACACAGCAUUUGACCGACAUGUUGCGGUAUGGCUGCACCCGCCUUGAACUCGGAGUGCAAUCCUUGUACGAGGAUGUCGCUCGAGACACGAACAGAGGCCACACUGUGGCUUCAGUGGUCGAAACAUUCAAGCUAUGCAAGGAUGCGGGUUUCAAGGUUGUCUCUCACAUGAUGCCUGAUUUACCCAAUGUUGGCAUGGAACGAGAUAUCUUCCAGUUCCAAGAAUACUUUGAAAACCCGGACUUUCGAACCGACGGACUCAAGAUUUAUCCCACUCUAGUCAUUCGAGGGACAGGACUUUAUGAACUAUGGCGGACCGGUCGAUACAAGAACUAUACGCCAAAUGCUCUCGUCGACUUGGUUGCACGUAUUCUAGCACUCAUUCCUCCUUGGACUAGGAUUUAUCGCGUCCAACGAGAUAUCCCCAUGCCCCUGGUGACCUCAGGUGUAGAGAAUGGCAAUUUGAGAGAAUUGGCACUCUCUCGAAUGAAGGACUUUGGGACCACAUGUCGAGAUGUCCGGACAAGAGAAGUGGGCAUAAAUGAAGUGAAGAACAAAAUCAGACCCUCCCAGGUAGAACUUGUGAGGCGAGACUACACUGCUAAUGGUGGCUGGGAAACAUUUCUUGCCUAUGAGGAUCCCAAACAGGACAUCCUGAUUGCAUUGCUAAGACUCAGGAAGUGCACAGACAGUCACACCUUCCGACCCGAACUCACCGGCCAACCAACCAGUAUUGUGCGAGAACUUCAUGUCUAUGGACUGGCUGUUCCCAUUCACGGUCGUGAGAAGAGCAGAUUCCAACACCAAGGCUAUGGAACCCUACUGAUGAAGGAAGCUGAAAGAAUCGCUCGAGAUGAGCAUGGCAGCGAGAAGAUGAGCGUCAUCAGUGGAGUUGGUGUCAGAAGCUACUAUGAACGUCUUGGGUACACGCUUGAUGGUCCAUAUAUGAGCAAAACACUGUCCUUCGACGAUGAUGCAGAAGAGGACGACUGA